GCGCGUGUUGUAUAUAAACAGCGCAUUGGGCGCACGGCGGAGUGAUAGACUGGUGGCAACGAUGGUGAAGCUGUCGAAAAGUGGCGCGCGGGUCAGCACAGCUCUCAAAGGCGGACACCUGCCCGCAGUAAAAGCAGGAAGAAAGAGGGUCUCCAAGAAACAAGCCAAUGAAGAGAAUGGUCCUGUAGAAAAGGAAGCCAAGAAACCAGCUGGAGAAAAGCCAAGGUCUGUGCUUUCAAAGAUGCAGUCCAUCAGUAUUCUUCUGGCUGGCACCCUUGAAAAGCUUGGUCGAGAAUUUCCUACUUCUGCAAGUAUUGUCUAUCAGAAACCAAGACCAACCAUUGAGCGACCCCACACACCAAGGAAGCUGGUUCUGAUCCAACAGCCCCGGAAAUUUUAAAGCAUUUUGUAUUCCUCCCACCAGAUCUUUGAUCAAUGAACAUUUUCUUCAAGUUGCCCUCUUUUAGGGUAUUUUCAGUUAUGUAUUGCAUAAAUAAAAAGUGGUGGUUACACAUAAUGAAACCCUUCAGAAUAA